AUGGCGAUGACUACACUGUACGUCCUGCUGGGGAUUGUCGUUCUGGGACAGAAGAAGGACAACUUCAAUGUCAUCACAGUAGACUGGAGGUCAGGUGCUCAUAAAUUCUACCCCAAAUCAGUGGCGAACACCCGACUGGUGGGCGCCAUAAUUGCAAAGACAGUCGAAAUUGCGCGCGACCGGAUGGAAGCCAAGAUGGCGGACGUGCAUCUGAUUGGCCACAGCCUGGGGUCUCACAUCAGCGGCUACGUCGGGUCACGUAUCGAAGGCGUUGGAAGAAUUUCAGGACUGGAUCCUGCUGGACCGCUAUUUGAAGGAACUGAUCCUGCAGUUCGUUUGGACCCGACUGACGCCAUCUACGUUGACAACAUCCACACCGAUGGUCUUCCUCUGUAUGAUGCAGGAUUCGGAACGAUGUCAGCCUGGGGUCACGUGGACUUCUACCCUAAUGGCGGCGGGGACCAACCCGGAUGUCCAGCACCGGUCGAACAUGGGCUACUCGACGUUGUAGAAUUCAAGUUCAAUGUCUUGUCACAUCCGCUAUUACAAACUAUUUUUGUCCAGCAUUUCCCGCAUCAGUGGGCUGCAGUCACUUCCGGUCACAUGAUUACUAUGUUGCCUCCCCUUGCUGACGCCAAAUGCGACUUCACGGCGCAUCCAUGCGCGUCAUACAAGGACUUCACGGACGGCUCGUGCAGCUCGUGUGGUUCGGGCACCUGCCCACAGAUGGGUUAUUUCUCCGACAGGGCCAACAGACAGGGCAAGUUCUACCUCACGACAGAGAACACAUACCCGUUUUGUCAUCUGAAUUUCUUUCACAAUGUGACCUUCAAAGAACAAAAGGAAAUGCUCGACAGGGAAGAUGCGUUCAAGAGCCCGACAGGGACAGGGCGGUUGUACAUCAUGACUGGGAAGUUAUACAUGAAGAGAGAUACUGAAGCCAAAAUCCCGAGUUCAAAUCCCUAG